UCGAAUUUGGACGACGAUGAUGUUGAUGAUAAUCAUGAUGAACAAAAAUUUUUCAUUAAUAAUGAAAAUAAUCAACGCUAUCGAUCAAAUAAUCGAUGGAAAUCCAUACAUUCAUCAUCAUCUUCACGUGAUUCAUCUCAGGAACAUUCAAUCUAUCCAUUAUUACCGGCAGCAUGUAUAACAUUAACAAAAAGUGUUCUUAAUAAUCAUAAUCAUGAUGAUGGCAAUAUACAGCCACCACCAUCAUCCACUUCAUUAACUACGGAUAAAUAUUUUCGCAAUGAAUCAUCGACUAUCGUAUCACGGAUACCAUUGUUUAAUGGUCAUUAUACUGAACAUGAUCAUUUCAUUCAUGAUAUUCAUCAUACUUUCAAUAAUGAUAAUCCAUGCUCUGAUCUAUACGCAAAAUAUCAUGAAUUUCGUCGAAAAAAUCUUCGUCAAUUUUCAUCAUGUAAAGAUCAUCAUUAUGAACGGCCAUCAUUACUUCGAAUGCAAUCAGAUUUACAGCCAUCAUCGUUAUCAUCGUCAUCAUCUGGUGCAAUGUUAUCAACCGUUUUAUUAAAAUCCAAUAAUGUUAAAUAUAUACCAAUUCAACGUGACAACAAUGAAUCUAAUUCCAAAACAUUUGAAUCCAAUCAUAUUCCAUCCAUAGCAACCUCUUUAGAUUCAAAGGUUCAUGACCAGGAAUCCGAUUUUGUUGUCGUCGACAAUAUUAAGUCGACUAAAACCAUAAAUCAUCCAAAUAAUGAUGGUGAUAAUAAAAUAUUAUUCAAUCAGCGGCAAGCAUUUGUCGUUUUGGAUGAAGAUCAUGGUUGUCCGAAUACGCCUAAAAAGAUUUCAACGUCGACGCCCAAAAAAGAUGAAUCCGAAUUAGGACAGCAGCAGCUACAGCAGCAACAAAUCAAUACACAAAAAGUAUUAUUUUCAAAAGUUGACCUAUUCAAUUGUGAUCAAUAUCCACCGCUUGAAAUGACAAACAAAAAACAGACGGUGGUUGAAUCAAAUCAAACAUUUAACGCUCAUGAUCUCCUUGGACAACUUUUCUUAGCCGAUUCACAGAAGAAUUCCAUGUUAUCAAUGAUAACGGCUGAAAAUUUGAAUAAUGAAAAUUAUAAUAAUAAGUCAUCUAGUUGUGAUAAGUUGGACUCUUUGCAAUCAUUUCAGUUAUUAUCAACCGAUAAACAUCGAUCGGAAAAUGAUCUAUCUAAAAAUGAUAUAUCCGGUUUAGGUCAUCUAGAAGAACAACCCGAACAUCAUAAUGGUAUGAUUGAUAGAUUUAAGAAAAAAUUUUCCUUACGAGCAUCAAAAUCAGCUGGUAAUUCACCGAAACAUGAUAAAAUCAAUAACAAUGAUCAGCCAACGAAUAAUCGUAAAUCAUUAUCACCACCAUUGAAUAAUUAUAAUGUUAGUGAAAUCGAUAUAAAUCAGAAUAAAAUUGAUUUGGAAAGUAUUGAAAAUUUUAAAUAUUUACAUCAUGUAUUGAAUGGAAAACAUUCACCAAGCGAAUCAAAACGCCGACAAUUUAUGUCAAUCAAUCGAAAAUCAUUGCGUAAAAUUUCCCGUAAACAUGGCCGUUUAAAACGAUCACAUACACAGCCAUUCAAUGAUAAUGAUUUGGAUGAUAUGGAAAGAAUGAAAUUGGUAAUGAAUGCGAAUGAAGAUCCUGAAAUAUUUACCACGACCGACAAAAGUUUGGUAACGAUGAAUGGUGCGAACAACAACAUUAUUAUUGAUGAUGAUAAUCAUACAAGGAAUGUCAUCUACGCGGAAGCCAUUUUUGAUUACCAAGGCAAUGAUAAUGAAGAAUUAUCCUUUCAUGCUGGUGAUUUGAUCGAAGUAAGUGAUACUAGCCAUAAACAGUGGUGGUGGGGAACAAUCAAGGCUACAACAUUAUCAUCAAAAACAUCGCAACCGAAAUCAAACACCACGGCAACACCAUGUGAUGAAAUUCGACACGGAUGGAUACCAGCUUCCUAUGUUCGUUUAAAAGUUAGCCAAGAAGAAACGAUUGAAGAAUCAUUACAGAAUGCUACUGACCAACAAUCAUCAUUGAUUAAUAAUAAUCAUCAUAGCGAUAAUUACGAUAACAACGGCGUUGACAACAAUAACGAUAUGUCACCAACAUCAUUGACAACAUCACAAAUAUCAAUGCGUACAAAUAUAACAACAUCAAAAUUAAUGAGUGCCGAACAAGUUCGUGCAAAUGUUGUACUUGAAAUAUUGAAUACUGAAAAAGAUUUUGUUAAAAAUCUUAAAGAUGUUAUCGAUGGUUAUCUAAAACCAUGUCGUGAUCGUAAUGAUAUGUUUGAUUCGACACGUAUUGCAACGAUUUUUGGUAAUAUUGAAGAAUUAUAUGAAUUUCAAUCAAAAUUUCUUCAACAAUUAGAACAUUGUGUUGAUAUGAAAAAUUUGGCAGCAAGUUGUAUUGGCCAUUGUUUUCUUGAAAAUGAAAAUGGUUUUGAUUGUUAUAGUGAUUUUUGUAAAAAUCAUCCAUUAGCCACUAGUGAACUACAGGAUCUCUAUAUUGACCAUAAAUAUGUUAUAUUUUUUGAAGGUUGUCGCCUUUUACAGAAUAUGAUUGACAUAUCGUUGGAUGGAUUUCUAUUGACACCUAUACAGAAAAUUUGUAAAUAUCCAUUACAAUUAGCUGAAUUACUUAAAUAUACAAAACCAGAACAUUCGGAUUAUAUGGCCGUUGCUGAAGCAUAUCAAUGUAUGCAACGUGUAGCACAAUUAGUUAAUGAACGAAAAUCACGUUUUGAAUCAUUGGAAAAAUUAUUAUCACUUCAAGAAUCAUUUGAAAAUUGGGAUGGUCCGCCAUUGUUGGAUAAAUCAUCCAUAUUGAUACAUUCCGGUGAAAUUACCCGUAUUACACGAACAACUUGGUCAAAAGAAUUGACUCUAUUUAUUUUUGAUCAUCUAUUGAUUAUGGCCAAAAAAGAUAGUCGUUUAUUGAAGAAACGUGCCUAUCUAUUUAAAACACGUAUCGAACUUGAUCAUAUUGAUCCGAUUAUAUCGUUAGAUGAUAACAUCAAAGAUGGUCAUUUUAAUGUGUUGGCUAAAAAUGCCUUUAAAUUCUAUUAUCAUCCGAAACAAAAAUGGUAUCUAUUUCAGGCAAAAUCUGCUGAAGAUAAAGAUGUAUGGCUUAAAGCAUUCGAAAGGGAACGACAACGUUGUCAUGAUGAUGAACUACAAGGUUUUCGUGUAACUGAACAGGAUAAAAAAGGUGCACGACUUGCACAUGAAAAUCAUCUUAAACCGAAAAAACCGAAACAAUUAUAUCAUAAUAUACGAAAACCAUAUGCACCGAAAAUAUCUCGAAAACCGGAUACAGUGAUUGCCGAAAUACCGCUUGGACCAAUAAAAGGUUUUGAAAUUGAUCGAUAUAAUCGUGCCGGUAGUUUACCAUCAUAUAUUCAUCAAGAAAAACAUCUAAUCAAUAAUAAUAAUGCAAAUAAUUUACUGUAUAAUAAUCAUCAUCAUCAUCAUCAUCAUAAAAUCGACAAUCAACAAUGCAUAAAAAAUCGACACGAUCAAAUUGGUUUCAAUUUGGCAAUAAUAAUAAUGUUAUCACUAAUAAUGGUGAUAAUGUUAAGAAUCGAAAAUUGAACAAAUAUUAAAAUGAU